UGCAUCUUGAGGGAAUCUUUUGGGUUUUGUGGGUUUUUAACUUUUAAGUACAAUCCAACGUUAUAACCAGUAAGAGCCAGUUCUUCUUCUUCAUCACAGAGAGAGAAAGAGAGAUGGAGAGGUCGCUGCUUCUAUGGAGAUUAUUGCCUCUUCUCGCUCUAAUCGCUUCUUUUCUCUUCGUCUUCUUCGCUUCUCGCUCUUUCCAGGCGACGCAAGGGAACAAGUGCAGUCUUCUUCCCCAUGAUCACUAUUGGCUCUCAAGUAAACGCAUCGUCACACCAGAUGGUCUCAUCUCUGGUUCUGUGGAAGUGGACGGAGGCAUUAUCGUGUCGGUGGUGAAGGAAGCAGAUUGGGAUAAGAAGCAGAGGAGCCGAGUGAAAGUGAUUGACUUUGGAGAAGCUGUCCUCAUGCCUGGUCUCGUUGAUGUGCAUGCUCAUCUUGAUGAUCCUGGAAGAAGUGAGUGGGAAGGUUUUCCUUCUGGAACAAAGGCUGCUGCUGCUGGGGGUAUCACUACAUUGGUUGACAUGCCUUUAAACAGUUGCCCUUCAACUGUAUCUCCUGAAACUUUGAAACUCAAGAUUGAAGCUGCGGAAAAGAGAAUACAUGUUGAUGUUGGUUUCUGGGGAGGUCUGGUGCCUGAUAAUGCACUCAAUUCAAGUGCUCUUACGUCUCUCUUAGAUGCUGGAGUUCUUGGUCUCAAGUCCUUUAUGUGUCCUUCAGGGAUCAAUGAUUUUCCGAUGACGAACAUCACUCACAUAAAGGAAGGGCUAUCUGUGUUAGCUAAAUACAGACGACCAUUGCUUGUACACGCAGAGGUCGAAAUAGAUUCAGAGAUUGAAGAUAGCAGCGACAAUGAUCCUCGUUCUUACCUCACUUAUUUAAAAACCAGGCCAACUUCAUGGGAGGAGGGAGCGAUAAGAAACCUAUUAUCGGUUACUGAAGACACAAGGAUUGGUGCUUCUGCAGAAGGAGCACAUGUUCAUAUUGUGCAUUUGUCUGAUGCCACUUCUUCCUUGGAUUUGAUAAAGGAAGCGAAAGGCAAAGGAGACAGUGUUACCGUUGAGACAUGUCCGCAUUACCUAGCUUUCUCAGCCGAAGAGAUUCCAGAAGGCGAUACACGUUUCAAAUGCUCUCCACCCAUACGCGAUGCAGCCAAUAGAGAAAAGUUGUGGGAAGCUAUGAUGGAAGGAGACAUUGAUAUGCUGAGCUCUGAUCAUUCACCUACAAAGCCUGAACUCAAACUCUUGAGUGAUGGUAACUUCUUGAAAGCAUGGGGUGGGGUAUCGUCUUUACAGGUUCGUUACAAGUCUUUAACAGUCUCUAUGUGCCAAGUGCAGUUUGUUCUUCCAGUAACAUGGUCAUAUGGGAAAAAGUAUGGAGUGACUCUCGAGCAGAUAGCUUCUUGGUGGAGCGAUAGGCCUUCAAAACUCGCUGGACUACACUCUAAGGGAGCGAUUGUGGUUGGGAAACAUGCUGAUAUUGUUGUGUGGGAACCUGAAGUCGAGUUUGAUCUCGAUGAAGAACAUCCUAUUCACUUCAAACACCCUAGUAUCUCAGCUUUUUUGGGAAGAAGAUUAUCAGGCAAAGUGGUUUCAACUUUUGUGAGAGGAAAUCUGGUUUUUGGAGAAGGCAAGCAUGCUUCUGAUGCAUGCGGAUCUCUGCUACUCGCGAGUCGAGACUAAAAACGGAUCUGAUUCUGCACUAUCGUUACAAAUGUAAAUAGGCGAUCUAUGCAGUUGAUGCUGUGAAAGUAAGUAAGACUCUCUGUCAAUGGUAUAAACUUAGGUUUUGUGCAAGUGACUCAAAACAGAUUUCUUGCAAUGGUUUGGUUAUGUAUAAUGUUGUAAAUAACCGCGGUUCACAUAUGAGUUUUAACCAGGUUUCCCUUCAAGGGAAAUGGUUUGGUUAAGUGAGUGUCAAGUGGUCACAGUCCACAAUUAACCAUAGCAGCAACAAGCUCUAUAGCCAAAGAGUAAAUCAG